UUUAUACAGAUUAAAAAUCAAUGUCAAAAGUCAUAGAUGAAACAGAUUGAAAUUUAAUGAGAAUCCGCGGGUCUAAACAAAAUCAUGAGUUUUGUUUAUUUUAAGAUCAGAUUACAUUCCUAUUAUUUCCUAUUGUAGUACUUUUUAAGUUUCGUGUAAUUUUGUAAUGGGUUGAAUUUUCCAACAAAUUAUGUACUAAAACAUAAAUGAAUAAGUUGUUAAAAUGAAUACUAAUAAUCAUGGUUGGACCUUAUGCCCUUCCAAAAGAUUUCCCGGUAAAUUUUAUUAUUUUAACGUCUUGAAUGGUGAGGCAGCUUGGAGUUUGACUGAUAAUGAAGGUACAGCCGUGGAAAAGAAUAAAGAAAUACAUAAAAUCACAGACAACAAGCACAAUUAUGCCGAACCAAGCAAUCCUCCUGAAAAUUCCAGACCAAUGACAGGGCCAAAGUAUUAUCCCAAAAUCGUACCAGAAUUUGGUCAAGCAGUCUUCCCUAAGUAUGUUCAGCCUUCUGUACCAAAUAUUGUUUGGACACCAAUACCUUUGCCAACACCUCUGUUUGCUACUUACAAUGUCAAGUCCACUGAAGAUAAAUUGACACAAACCGAGAUAGAUACACAUUUCCAAAUCCAAAAUACUAGGAUCCCUCUAAAUGAACGAUUCAUGAAUUAUAAAAGACCUGGAAUACAUUUCAAUGAAGACAUGAAUCUACAAAAUAAACCUGUUUUGAAUAAUGCUCAUUCUCCAUAUGAAACAUUUGGUACAUUUAGUCCAUUUAGUCCAAUAACUAAAUGUUUAAUUAAAGAACCAAUACUGAAAUUAAAUACUGACUUUCCUUCAUUGACCCCAAAAACACAAUCUCAAAACAAAUCCCUUCAAGAUUUUUCUAAAGUAAACCAAAAUGUUUUUUUUAAAGUAAACAAUAACAUUAAAUCCAAUAGUGAAAACACUUUUGCAAGACAGGAAAAUGGUAAGGCUAAUAAUGAAUCAUUUAAAAACGAAGAAUGUCUGAUGAUAAAUUCACAAAGAGUACAAGAUCACAAAGAUCUAAUGAAGUUGGAAAAACAUGAUCUGAGGCUAUUACUGCUUGCCAAAAAGAGAGGAACAUCUGAAAGGGUACAUCCUAGUAUUGAAAAAAAAACCAAGACAGUAUCGGAUGAACCAUCUAAACUGCUAACGUCGAUGAGGGUUACGUUCAAUUUAAACAAUCAAGAUUACAAUGAAGAGGAUAAACAGAACCAGAAUGUGACAUGGAAUUUGAGAAAUUUGUUUCUGGAAGACAUCAAUAGUUAUUUUCUCAUUGACAUCGAAACGUUUUUGGAGAAAUUGAAUUUGAUAGAAUGUUACAUUGCAGAAGAUGAGAACCGACGUCUACUGAUACCGGAGCUGAUGAGGAACGAAAUUGAUGCCUUCUCUAGGGUCGAAGCUCGUGACAUUAAAAUUGUAUGUGCGGCCAGGAAAAUAACGCGGAUGCUGGCAAGAGCGACACAGCAAUUUAUUAUCUUGCAAAAUAAAUGGGGCGAACAUUUGAGAAUGUCGACGAACGAUCUGAUAUUGAACUACUGUAUCGAGAUGGGUCACAGAGCGAUACUGAUAACGGACGAUUCGAAUCUGCGAAAACGGGCGGUAAAUUUAAAAAUAAAAUGCUUGAGCACUCAACAGAUCAGUUCAGAACGAAACGACUGUGACAUUCGUUUGUACAGAAAUAAAAGUCAAAAUGACGUCACUCAUCACUCUGAAGCAACAAGGAGCUGGCGCAUUGGCGAUGGCGCAUAUAAACUGACAUGCGACAAUAACACUGACGGCCAAAGGAAGUUGUCAUUUAAAAACACGAAAGGAACGGAAAACUUCGAGUUCAAUACCAACGAGAUUGGGAAUGAAUGGAAUGAACGGUUUUUGAAUUUCGUUCCCGCAGACCACAGUCUAAGUUCCAUAGACAACGAAUUGAAAGGUUUCUCCGUGGUGAACGAUUUGAUCGAGCACAGAUUAAGGAGCAGAUUCGACGAAUGGACCUGUAGCUUCACGCAGAUCAUGGAGAGCACUAUUUUGAAUAUAAUACAGCCAAACGACAGACAACCUAUCAAUAGUUUAAUAGAAGCAUUAAUGAAACUCCGAAAUUAUUGUGAAGACGAAAAUAUUAAUAACAUCAUAGAGAAACUAAAGGACCUGUUCGAAAAUAAUUGUCAGAGAGGUAAAAUAAAGAAAGACAUUAACGGGAAUGAAUUUAUGAAAAUAAUCGGCUGCGGUUUUAUUUUAUUAAAGAAUCUACAGAUAUACUACGCCAACGACCGGGACCUCGAGGAAGCCUGCGAGUCCAUGGACCACUUGAUACGUAACAUCGUGGACCCGGCCGCCGACCCGCACGCGCCCGACCACAGCGCCAGCGACGCGCAGCAUCCGCCCGCCGGGACGGACGCACAGCACGAGAGGCGGAUCUUCAGAAAGAAAUCAACGGAAGUACUAAAUUACGUGAUGAAGCACUACCCUCAGUGGGAGAGCUGCGAGGGAAACGACGUGACGAGGAUCGCUGAUGAAAAGGCACAAAAAAUUCCUGACAGCCGGAAGGUAUUCAGGGCUUUGGGUAAAGAUUUGAAUCACGUCAAAAUAGACAGAAACAACAAUAUGUCUAUGACUAAAGCCAAUUUCUUACCCAAGAAGACGACCCAAAAAGCUGUUAAUAAUACCGGGAAAAUCAUUGAAAAUGGCAACAUCGAAACGGCCAGACCUAUGCUGGAACAUCAAAACGAUAAGAUUCAAACGCAGAACAGAAUUGAGAAGAAAAUCGAUUUAAACACGAAGGAAGGGAUCAAUGGAAAGAAACUGAACAAUGAAGGUUCGAAAUUUGAAAAUUCAAAUGUCAUUACCGGCGCGGUUCGGUGCGAUAGUGAUGUGCGACUGGCGAUGAACAUGAACAGUUCCGAUUUGAAUCGAGACGAUUUGAAUGACGUUGAUGAUGUCAUGUCCGUCAACGAUUUAUACGACAGCGGUAUUGAAAACGACAGCUACCAAGCUUAUUCGCUGGCCAAGUCAUUUUUCUACGAGCUCAGCACUACUUUCAUUGAAGUACACGAAUUCAUAAACGAAACCGGCUCGUUGAUCCGACACAAGGACAUGGAGGAGCCGGAGAAGAUGGAAAUUAAUAAUAAAAUAAGGAAGACCUUAGAAUUGGUUAAUAAUGUUACUGGGAACUUGAAGAGGAUAAUAGAACGUGAAGACGACGGGGACAGGACAAUAAGACGGUACCUCAUUAAGGCGGGCAUCGAAGCAACCGCUGACCGGCGAAUGGACAAGUACGGUCAAGUAACGAAGAAAUGCCUGGAGCAAUGGCGCCACUCGCAAUCCGCGCUGCGGGCGAUGUUGGCACUGACCGAUAUCGUUAGCGACGAAACGUACGAUUUUGAUAACGCGACGAGCUCAGGUAGCGUGCAGUAUAUUAAUAUAUUCGAAUAAUCAAUCUUCAAGGCUAAGAUUGUCCGGAAAAAUUCCUAAUCGGGUUUCCGUGUCGGAAAUCGCGGUUUAGAGUAGUCGGAAUGCUGGCGUUUCGAACAGAAUGCUCUAUAAGGGGGAUCUAUUAAAACAAAAUUGAAUUUGUUAAAUGUUCGUAAAAAAAAAACUCAGCGAUAAUAGAUUUGGAAUUUCUGUUUGCGUAUUGCAUCGUAAAAAUCUACGAGCUUCUACGACGCGUCGAAAGAAUUUGCGAAUUGAUUCGCGUCCCGCAUUCCUGCGAUGUUAAAGGCUUCGUCAAACAGAACGCGUAAUUAGCGCGCGUCAGAACGCUAAACUGACGCCGCGCUAUGACCCCGAGAUGUGUUGUGCUACUAUGGUAACAUACCGUCACACAGAGCCCCAGCGUUAUAAGUACGCAGCGCUCUGUCGCGGCGUUAGGACGCUUUGACGUCAGGCGUUGUCAUUUUUUACAAAUUUUAUUUUAGCGUCCUAGUGAAUGUAUAUUAAAAUACUAGAUCAUGCCCGAAAAAUUUAUAGGAUACGUUAGAAAACACCCAUGCUUAUACAAUGCCACAUCUGAAUCACUCGACAUCUCAAUACUUUUAAUUUUUCACACUGCUAUCGAAAGGCACUAUGAUUUGGCGAAUGUUACGUUGCGUCAAGGAGCGUUGGACUCAUCUAGUCAAUUUGCGUUACAUGAAAAGAGCGCGACGUUAAAACGCGGCGCUAAGUACGCGUUCUGUUUGACGAAGGCUUUAAAGGAUUGUGAAAUUGAACGCUAAUUGUAGAAAGGAAACGCCUUGAUGCACGAAAUCGCAUUGCAGACAUUCGUGUUGCGAAUUCGCAUCGCGCUGAUUCGCAGAUUUGUGUACAAACCCUUUGUUAUUGAAAUUCAACAUAUCGAUAUGGAUGAAAGGCUAUUUGGUUUAAGCUACAUUUUACCAACUUUACAAGAGAGCAAUUUCAAAUUUAUAAUUUACAAAAAAAAUACCAUGACAAAAAAAACUUCUUCAGCUGUUCGAAUAGAGUAAACUUAAUUGAAGUUCAAUUAAAAAACAUCGAACUGUUGAUGCUGAUACCAAGCUGAUUUACUGGUGGACCUCUUGAGAGUUUGCGCGGGUAGGUACCAUCGCCCUGCCUAUUUCUGCCGUGAAGCAGUAAUGCGUUUCGGUUUGAAGGGCGGGGCAGCCGUUGUAACUAUACUCAGACCUUAGAACUCGAGGUGGGUGGCGCAUUUACGUUGUAGAUGUCUAUGAGCUCCAGUAACCACUAAACACAAGAUGGGCUGUGAGCUCGUCCACCCAUCUAAGUUAUAAAAAAAAACCUUUUUUUAAAAUAAAUGUUGCGUAUUAAGCGAAAUGUAGCUUAAACCAAAUCGCCUUUCGCCCUUUGAUAUAUUUGUUUUUAUUAUUAAACUAAUUCAUAGGAACAUUAUAUUUACUUUGUAAAUUUAAAAAACUAUUUUUUCUGAGUUCGGUCCCCCAGGGACGUACUCAGGCGUUUAUUUUUUACAAAUAUAAUUUGUUGGCUGUGCGUUGGUUGCUUGUUACUCAAUCGGCCAGGAUAUUAUUGUAUAGUCAAGGAGUUUCUAGCCCGUGUGCGCCUUACACCAUUAUCAUCACCCAAGCGCCCUCUGGUGAAUGCGCGCUCAAAUGGAAUAGGUACGAAUGUAACGGGUUCAUUGAAAGCGCAGAGGUCGACACGAUCUAACUCCUAAAGCCGCCUCUAUCCAUAGUUAUAAGUUAUAAACAGGAGUGAUUGUUAUAAAAUAACAUAAACUCCGCUUUUAAAUAUCGGCUCAGACACGCUCAUUAUGCCAAUCAAUUAAGGGGUAGGCAGCGGUUUGGCUCUGUCCCUGGCAUUGCUGACAUCCAUGGGCGACAGUAGCUGCUUACCAUCAGGAGGGCCGUAUGCUCGUCUGCCUGCUCGGGCAAUAAAAAAUAUGUUAAAUAUAAACAGAAAAAUCUACAUGUUUCGAUAGUCUAGCACCACUGACCCGCUUUUUAACAAAUGUAAUCCGUGUUUGAAAAUUUCCAAGUCUGACAUAAAUGACAGCUGUCAAAAAUGUAUCUGUCACAUUGUUUUCGUAUAUUUUUUCUAAUGAGAUAACAGCGUAUAAAAUGGUGAUAAGUUAAAAAAAUGUUGGGUAAUAUAAUAUGUUAUCGUUUACCUCAUUUUGUAACUCAAUUUAUUGUUUUUGAGAAAUAAAUUUACAAAUUUUCGUUAUGUA